CUCCUACCCACCUCCCUCCCCCUCCCCCUGCCUCUCCUCCAACCAUGGUCAACCAGGACCUUGUCUACACCCCGAUCGAGAAGAUCCCCUCGAUUGUCCGCUGUGCCCGGACGGCCUUCGACACGGGCCGCAUUCGGUCGCUGGACUAUCGCCGCAAGCAGCUCCGCCAGCUGGCUGCCCUGAUCGAUGAGAACCGCGAGGCCCUGAACGCCGCGCUUCUGGCCGAUCUGCGCAAGUGCCCGAACGAGGCUCAGAUGUGCGAGUACAUGACCGUCAAGAAUGACAUCGCCGAUGCGCUUCUCAACCUUGAGAAGUGGGCUGCCCCGCAAGCUGUGGCCAAGACCCCGGCGCAGAUGUUCAACCGCAUGCAGAUCCGCAAGGACCCCCUCGGUGUGGUGCUGAUCAUUGGCGCCUGGAACUACCCCUUCGCCCUGACCAUUGGCCCGCUGGUGGGCGCCAUCGCCGCUGGUAAUGCGGCCAUCAUCAAGCCCUCGGAGAUCUCGGCCAACAUUGCUCGGGUCAUCGGCGACCUGAUGCCCAAGUACCUGGAUAGCGACGCCUACAUUGUGGUGAAUGGCGGCAAGGAUGAGACCACUGCCCUGCUGCAGGAGCGCUUCGACCACAUCUUCUACACCGGCAGCGGUGUUGUCGGUCGGAUCGUGAUGGCCGCCGCCGCCAAGCACCUGACCCCGGUCACCCUGGAGCUGGGUGGCAAGAGCCCGACUUUCGUCGAUGCCAAUGUCGAUCUUGGUGCCGCUGCGCGGUCGAUCGUUUGGGGCCGCUUCCUGAACGCCGGCCAGACGUGCAUUGCCCCCGACUACAUCCUCACCUACGCCUCAGUGAGGGACAAGCUUGUCCGCGAGCUGAAGAAGGCCAUCACCGAGAUGUUUGGCGAGGACCCGCAGCGCUCGCCGGCCUACUGCCGCAUUGUCAACCAGAAUCACUUCAACCGCGUGCGCCAGCUGAUUCCCUCGGCCGGUGUGGUGAUCGGUGGUGAGACCGACGAGGCCGAUCUCUACAUCGCCCCCACGGUCAUUGUCGAUGUGAACCCCGAGCAGCCCAUCAUGAAGGAGGAGAUCUUCGGCCCUCUUCUUCCGAUUAUGGUGGUGGACAGCCCCGAUCAGGCCAUUCGCUUCAUCAACUCCCGUGACAAGCCCCUCGCCCUCUAUUGCUUCAGUGGCACCAGCUCCGUCAUUGAGCGCUUCGCCACGGAGACCUCCUCCGGUGGCUUUGUCGGCAAUGACGUGGUCACCCACUUUGCCACCCCGGCUCUUCCCUUCGGUGGUGUUGGCCCCAGCGGCAUGGGCCGCUACCACGGCAAGUUCUCCUUUGACACCUUCACCCACGACAAGGCCUACAUCACCGGCCCCACUUUUGUCGAGAAGAUCCUCGCUCUGCGCUACCCGCCCUUCCCGGAGUUCUCCAUGACCAUGAUCAACCUUCUGGUUGCCAAGAAGGUCCCCUCCCCCCUCAAGAUCUGGCUCAGCAAGCCGGCCACCCGUCGCUCCAUCAUGUAUCUGGUGCUGGCUGCUGCCAUGGCUGCCUGUGUGUACCGCAUCGAGACUGCCACUCCGGGCUUCUGGUCCGGGCUGCUGGUCUUCUUCGGCAUCAAGAAGUGAAGAGCCCGGCCCGAAUGUGCGUGGCCAUUUCACCACCAACCAUGCAUCUUGCUCGAUGGCGCACCGUCUUUUCUUCAUCUCCCCUGCCAUCCGGGCCAGAAAAGGGCCACGGCGUGGAGGAACAAAAAGGGGAGCGCCUGACGCGGCGUGCUCAAAGAGCGUGCCCGGCUUCUCCGACAAAAGGCAGACACAGAACGCGCGCGCACACGCACGCACACAACGCACACGCACACACAAGCAUGUAUGCCCCCCGAAAUAUACUCUGACCUCGGUCCCAGAAUGCUGAGAAUGUAGCACCAUUGGUCGCAAACAUGUGUAUGUAUCAUGUGCUUUUUGGAAUGACGUUCUCUUGGAAUGGACGCUAUACCC